AUGAAGACCCGAUCUCAAUCUAUCCCUGAAGAGAAAACGGGGCGGGCUGAACCCCCAGAAGGGCUAGAAUGGAAGAAUCAGGAUACCCCAGAGAUAUCUGCCGGGGAUAUCCCUCAUGGAUGGACGAAUGAUCCAAGUCUCUUGGACUACUAUGGUUCACCUAGAACUAGUGAUGCGCAUAUGGCCCGCUGUUGUGGACUGCAGGACGCCCGGAUGGUUUUGAUGGGCACUCCCGAGUCAGGAGAUAUGCAAUAUCUCAUCACAUCGGGGGGGAAAUACUACUGGGGGCAUUUCGAACUCGACCAUCUCGAAGAGAUCACGAAGCCCAAGACUCUGUUGGCGAUUGUCAAUGUCUUGAAGUCGAGCAAGGGAUUUAAAGGCCUGCGUCGAAAGACGCUGAAGCCGGUUUGGGUUCCAGAGCCAGAGGAGGACACACGCCCUGCAACUAGUGGAGGGCCUAGUUUGUUUACUCCGUACGAUCCCAGUACUUCUUCCCAGUAA